AUGCCCUAUGAGGCUGAUGAUCCUCCGCAAUACUUGUUGCGCAGGCUGGUGCAGGAACACAGCACAGGCUUCGUUCUGAUCGGAGGCGAUGCUAAUGCUCACCAUGUACAGUGGGGGAGCUCGAACAUCAAUUGUCGAGGUUCGAAAGAACGUAAGGAAUACAGACUGGUAAAUCUACAAAGAAGCUCUGGAACUUGUGGUAUAGCAAAGCCACAAAGGUACACAAAUCAAAAGCAAAGUCGUGGUGAAAUUACUAAUGAACCAGCAUUGGAUCAGUGCGUGGAGAGUGAAAAAUUUGAAAUAGCUGAAAAAUCGAAAAAUUUCGAGAAAAGUGUAGAGAAUGAGAAAAAACUUGGCCACCGCAGGUUGGUUGUGCAAACAGAAUCGUGGAAAACGGCGAAUGCCAUAAAACGUGUUGAGGUCCAAUAUCGAGAACAAGCGACGAAAAGGCAGGAGGAAAGUGAACACGGAAAGACGGUGGGAGAAGAAAGUGGAAUUGCAUGCAAAGAAGCCACAGACCCCAUAUCACCGCGUAGAAUCGGCGAGCAACAACUACGUUCAGAAGCUGCAAAUGAAGUGGACAGAUUCUCACGCGCAUACAAUCGUUUGGCAGCGCGAGGUCUCAACGAUCUACCAACGCUUAUCAAAGAACGACCGAUCAGUGAGAUCAGCAUAACAUCAGCCGACACCUCGGGCAUUCUAUCGCCGACAACAGCGCGCGCAGUGCACGAGCUCCAGCGAAGACAUCGCGCCGAUAAGGUAGCACAUUUGUCAGUCUCACAAACGACAUAUUUGGAAUUGGUGCCUGAUACGAGUCCGGAACUCGAAUGGGAUAGUCCGGAUGAGCAAAUGGCUUUGCAAUUGGGCAAGAAGUUGGCGCAAGUGCUGAGUAGCAGCGGGAGUAGCGGCAGCGCGGCAACAGUGACGCCACAAGAUGGUGCGCCAGCGGGUAGCGGAAGUGGCGCCAGCGUGGAUAUCUUCGGUAAUAUAGCGAAAACAAAGAAGAUUGAAUUGCACAAUCUAUCGUCGAGACUGGGAACGGCAGCGAAUGCGACAGCAGUGACGGGCGCGGAGGAGAAGAUGACAGGUGAGUGAAAGAAAUUUUUAAUCGAUCUUGUGGCGUCUUCAUUAAC